AUGUUCCCUACGCAAGUGUGGACGGCUCAUGACCAAAGGGCGACCUCCAAAAAGAUCCCAAGUGGAUGGUCAGAAAUAGUCUUCAGUGGCUCUGUCUUUCAUGCAUAUUUUAAGUCAGAAUUCGAACAAUGCAUUACACCUUCUGGGCACCAAGUCACUGUGAUACCAGGCUCCAGCGUUGCAAACGGAUUUUCCGUGUGGACGAUCCAUUCAGUAUCUGGAAUAGAGACACAUAAAUCAUUUCUCCUAGUUGACGGGGAACCUGAUGCGAGAAAGACUACUAGCUGGCUUGUCUCUGUCUUUGACCAUGAGCCAGGGCAGUUUGGAUUACCUGCGUGCCAAGGUCAUUUUCUUUCAGCACACUCCUCGAUGCCAGGACCUUUGAGAAUUUCCCAAAUGAUGUUGAAUGGUGCCCAGAACAAGGCUACUGACUCUCAUAUAAAAGUUGCAACGGCAACUGUCACGAACUCAAAGGAGUUUCCGGCGCUGAUCGAGCAAAUAGACAACAGUAAGGCCAGUGCCUCACCUGAGACGUUGAUGAUGUGGAUGUUAGCGAUGAAAUAUUACGACGAGUCAAUGUUAUAUCACGCGUUGAUUGAAUAA